CCAUACACAUCCACGCAGCCAAUCAGCCAAUGAGAUCUCGAGUGAGAUCGAGAUUACUGGAUUACCAUGUCCCAAAGGAGCUUGUGUAAGAGGAGAGUUCCACUGUGGACACACACUGGACCAGUCAGCACAUCCACAGCGAUCCCAGGAGCACCGGACCAAUGUGGCAGGGUGUGAGAGGGUGUGACAGCAGGACUAUGAUGGACACGGAGGACCAGUGGACACAGGCCUUGGCUAGCAACAACGUGAGGGCCAUCCUCCGCUGGAUAUGCAGCCUUUCAACUGAAGUGGGAAAUGCUGAUGUGGAGGACAGCCUUGCUACCUUCAGCAGCUGGGUCCAGAGGACGGCUGAAGUUUCAAAGAAAGAGUUACUCACACUUUGCUUCAGCCGUUGCCAGGGCCUGUGGAUGUUCCUGGACCACAGCUGCUUCACCAGGGUGCACCUGCUGCUGCAGCGGCUGAGGAACCUGCUUACCCUGGCCCAGUGGGGGAGGAGGCAGAGCGGCCUGACACACUUCUGGCAUGGUUUGGAGAUCCCGUGUGUGGUCUGCAGGGCCGGGUGUGGAUCCUCAGCUGUGAGGCACGACUACUGGAAUCGGGAACACAGAGCUCUGAAGCAACACAUCUGGCUGGGUCGGCUUGUACAGUGGUGGGGCAUCACCGGACUCCUGCCCAAGUACCCUGAGGCUCAAGAAAUGAAGCGGAUCUCUCAGAUGUGGAGAGAGAUGGAUCAGAACCACCGCAGGGCUUCCCUCCACACUCUCGGAUGGGAGGAGGAGGGAAGGGAAAGGUGGAAUUCACUGAUCCAGGGUAUGGUGGCUCAGAUGGACAAACAACAUGGGCCCAUAUGGACCUCUGAGGACUGCACAGACCAGGGCUAUCCGCCCCCUAACCUGCAGGCUCUGCUGAAGCUGGUGCUGGUGCCUCGCAUCAACAACAUGUCUGUUCAGGCCAUUCUCAUGUACUUCAUCCUGGACAUGGCACAUUUCCUGCAGUGCAAAGAUGACCUCCUGCAGUCCUUUUGCCACGCCUUCAUCAUCCCUCCCAGCUUCUCCCAGCAGAUCCGGGCCUUCUGGCUCCUCGACCAUGGACACUUAUCGGGCUCCAUGGAGCUGCUGCUGAGCCCCAGGUCUGAACCACCCUGGUUCUCCUGGCAGCACCGCUGCAUCAUCCACAGCCUGCUGAGGAGAAAGCAGCUCCGCUUGGCGCUGAAGUACAUCUACUGGACCAGACUAGCCACAGACACCCCCCAUGACCUUAAGCUCUGUGUGGACGUACUCCUACAGAACAGCCAUGUCUCAGACGCCUGGGCCCUCCUGAAGAAAGGUCACACAGGAAGUAAUGACAUGGUCAGGUACUUCCUUCAUGGAUGUGAGAGGCUUGGCCUAUGUGUGGCGGCUUCCGACUGCAUGGAAGCAAUAUGGAAGGAUCUGGGCCAUUGUACUACUCAGUCGGAAGAGGCUGGGGGUCAGUGUGGAGUAGAGGGGCUUCCUCAGCAUAGGAGGACCACAGGGAUCUCUAUGGCAGUGAAAGAGCCAGGGGGUCCCAUUCAUCCGUUAUCUGCCCUGCUGUAUCAGUCUCAGAACAUCAACACUCUCUCUUCAGAGGAUUUCAUCAGACUCCUCAGGGAAUCUAUGGUUGAACUGAGACAACACCAGCCAACAGCGAGUGAGGAGGUGACAUGGCCAGGGGAGCACCAAGAGAGGAGAGGGAGCUGUCGGAACCUGAGUCUGACCAUCCAGGCCCUUAGGCACCACCUCCCUAGACCCUCCCCAGCGGGUAUGAUGACUGACAGGCUGGGAGAGCAGGGAGACACAGAGCCACCUGAUCAUGACCUGCCUCUUAUAGCUGCGGAGAAACCCUGGACCCCGGCACACCUCUCCUCUCAAUCCCUGUCCAAGGAGAGCUCUGAAUCUAUAUUCUCUUUCACAUCUUCCCCCUCACUUCCCUGCCUGAGACCAGGCAUCCCAUAUGUGAUUGGGAGCACAGCAAUGCUGCAGCGGAUCUCAUCCCUGCUCAGUGAUAGAGGACGGUGCCAGAACAGUCAGGGCGACAGCCCUUCCCCCCCAGAAGACAUACUCCUCCCAGACUACCCUGACCGGACUCUGACACUAGAGGGCGCCACAGACCCUGUCUCCUUCAACAGCCUCAGUAAAGACAGCAUGGAGGUGGAGGAGCUGGCGUUCUCCACUGAGUGGGGAGUGGAGGACAUCAUGACCUAUGAUAUACAAGGAGACGACGUCUUCAAUGUGGGAGAGGAGGCAGUUCCUCCUGUAGAUGUAACGUUAGACAGAAGGCAUAGUCUGAGCAGACUGAACCUCCAUCCUCAGUUCUACAGUAAUGAGGACAACCAAUCAGUGCCCUCUGUAUCUGAGAUCCAAGUGGAGAGUCACAACUUCCUGACACCUGACUAUGAGAAAAUGGACUACUACAAGGAGGUUACUGACAAAAUCAUGCAUGCACCAAGUGUGAGUGACGUGUGGAGCAUCAUGCCUGGAGGGGACAAAUCAGGGAGCAUCCUCCCCCAUACCUCCACCUUCUCUGGGGCUGUUGCUGCCUCAUCUCACUGCUUCCUGGAGCUGGAGCCCUUACAGAGGGCAUUCGACCCUCCACCGCUUGAGGAUUCAGUGGAAUGUUUCCGCCGGGACUCCCAGGAUGCAGUGGACCAACCGGAGAUCCUGACCUCCUGUGCCCUCACUGAGACCACCCAGGACCUUGUCUCUGAGCUCCACCAGACCUUCUGCUUCCUGGAGGAGCUGGGAGACACAGGGCCCAGUGGCCCAGAGACAGAGGGAGGCGCCACCCUGGAGGGGGAGCAAGACAGUGGGGCUUCCGGGAGGUACAUCAGGCCCUUCUCUCUCCAGGACUCCUCUCUGCUCAUCCCCCUGCGGAGGUCCGUACGCUCCAGUCAGCUACAGGUUCCUGGAGUGUCUCUGUCCCCUAGGACUAGCCCCAGCCGCUCCCCCCAGCUCAGCCCCUCCUCAGCCCUAGAGACAUCCAGGGACAGGUUACCUGGAGGGGGGAAGGCCUCGCACAAAGAGGACGCAUCAUGCUUCAGAAGCACCCCAGAGGAUAGGCUAGGCCACUGUAAGCUGGGCAGCUGGUGGAAACAAGCCCUGGAGACCCGGAGGGCAUCCACUGGCCUACUCCCUGCCAUAGAGCAGGUGUCCACCAUCUCCCGAGAAAAGAGGGCCUCUCUCGUCCCAGGGCAAACCUACUCCCACAGUACGGUCAACUUCCAGGAGUCUCCGGCCAAGCAGAGAGGAGACAAGUGGGAGGUCAAACAGGCGGAGAAAGAGGAGCUGCUGGGACGGAGGGGCUCUGGGAAGCUGCCACACCAGCGAGUGGAGCAGGGCGUGGCGAGCCAUCGGGGAGCCAGAUUGAAGAAGGGCAAACGGGUGAAGAAGGCAUGAGGACAUCCCGUUACACAUCUAUACUGUCGUUCUGUAGAGUGACGAACAAUCAGUGUAUGUGUGUGAGAUCUAAAAUGACCAAAUCCUGUAUGGUAUUACUGUUGUGCUACACUUCAAACCACUGUAAAUCUAGUCAGGUGCAGACUGUUAUUAAAUGUUUUUUACUUGGCAGAUACAAAUAAAUAUUUC